AGGAUCAUCUCCCACAUCAAGACAUCACGAAGCCUCCACAUCAUGUGCCACAUCCCAGUCUUCUGCUGGAUCACUGCUACAGUUCUGGAGGAUGUGCUGAAAACCAGAGAGGGAGGACAGCUGCCCAAGACCCUGACUGAGAUGUCCAUCCACUUCCUGGUGGUUCAGGCCAAAGUGAAGAAGGCCAAGUAUGAUGGAGGAGCUGAGACAGAUCCACCCUGGAGUCCAGAGAGCAGGAAGAUGAUUGAGUCUCUCGGGAAACUGGCUUUUGAUCAGCUGCAGAAAGGAAACCUGAUGUUCUAUGAAUCAAACCUGACAGAGUGUGGCAUCGAUAUCAGAGCAGCCUCAGUUUACUCAGGAGUGUUCACACAGAUCUUUAAAGAGGAGAGAGGACUGUACCAGGACAAGGUCUACUGCUUCAUCCAUCUGAGUGUUCAGGAGUUUCUGGCUGCUCUUCAUGUCCAUCUGACCUUCAUCAACUCUGGACUCAAUCUGCUGGAAGAACAACAAACAACCUCCAAGAAGUCUAAUUUAUUUGGAAAAAAAAGACAUUUUAAAUCUUUCUACCAGAAUGCUGUGGACAAGGCCUUAGAGAGUCCAUAUGGACACCUGGACUUGUUCCUCCGCUUCCUCCUGGGUCUUUCACUGCAGACCAAUCAGACUCUCCUACGGGGCCUGCUGACACAGACAGAAAGUAACUCAUGGAUCAAUCAGAAAACACUCCAGUACAUCAAGAAGAAGCUUAGUGAGAAACUGAGUGCAGAGAAGACCAUCAAUUUGUUCCACUGUCUGAAUGAACUGAAUGAUUGUUCUCUAGUGGAGGAGAUCCAACAGUCCCUGAGUUCAGGAAGUCUCUCCACAGAUAAAUUGUCUCCUGCUCAGUGCUCAGCUCUGGUUUUCAUUUUACUGUCAUCACUUCUGAGGCUGCUGCCAGUGGUCAAAGUCUCCAACAAAGCUCUGCUCAGUGAAUGUUUCCUCUCAGAGAGAAGCUGUGAACCUUUAUCCUCAGUUCUCAGCUCCCAGUCAUCUAAUCUAAGCUUGCUGGAUGCAAGCUUCAACAACCUGCAGGAUUCAGGGGUGAAGCUUCUGUCUGUUGGACUGCAGAGUCCACAUUGUACACUGGAAACUCUGAGACUGAGUGUUUGUAACCUGUCAGAGACAAGCUGUGAAGCUCUGUCCUCAGUCCUCAGCUCCCAGUCAUCUAGUUUGAGAGAGCUGGAUGCAAGCAACAACAACCUGCAGGAUUCAGGAGUGAAGCUUCUUUCUGUUGGACUACAGAGUCCACAUUGUACACUGGAAACUUUGAGACUGAUUGGCUGUAACCUCACAAAGAAAAGCUGUGAAAGUCUGUCUUCAAUCCUUAGCUCCCAGCCCUGCAGUCUAAGAGUGCUGGACCUGAGUGAUAACAACCUGCAAGACUCAGGAGUGGAGAUUCUGUCUGCUGGAGUGAGAAGUCCAUACUGUAAACUAGAAACUCUCAGUCUGUCAGGCUGCCUGAUCACAGAGGAAGGCUGUACUUGUCUGGCCACAGCUCUGAGCUCCAACCCCUCCUAUCUGAGAGAGCUGGACCUGAGCUACAAUCAUCCAGGAAACUCGGGAAUGAAGCUGUUGUCAGCUGGACGGAAGGCUCCACGCUGGAGACUGGACAUUCUCAGGGUGGAGCCUGCUGGAGUCCGAUGGUUGAGACCAGGUCUGAGGAAGUAUUCCUGUCAACUCACAAUUGACACAAACACAGUAAAUAAAAACCUCAAAGUGUCUGACAACAACAGGAAGGUGACACAUGCUGAGGAGGUUCAGUCAUAUCCUGAUCAUCCAGACAGAUUUGAUGUUUAUGAACAGCUGCUGUGUAGAGAUGGUCUGACUGGUCGCUGUUACUGGGAGGUCGAGUGGAGAGGAGACGUUGAGAUAUCAGUGAGUUCCAGAAAAAUCAGAAGGAAAGGAGACAGUACUGACUGUUUGUUUGGAUGGAAUGAUCAGUCCUGGAGUCUUAUCUGCUCUGAUGAUCGUCCUCGUUCUGUCAGGCAAAAUAAGACAGAAAAAUCCAUCACCUCCUCCUCCUACUCUAUCUGUAACAGAGUAGCAGUGUAUGUGAACUGUCCUGCUGGCACUCUGUCCUUCUACAGAGUCUCCUCUGACACUCUGAUCCACCUCCACACCGUCAACACCACAUUCACUGAAACUCUCUAUCCUGGGUUUUGGUUCAGGUCUCCUGGUUCAUCAGUGUGUCUGUGCUGAGUUGAAUGUAAAGAAAGUCCUCCUGUUGGAGAAACACUCUGACUGUUGAGUAGAAAAGGGCGUGUGCAAACAGUGUGUAACUAUUGCAGUGUUUAAAGUGUGUUCGAUGGAGGAGUUGUACAGGGAGAUGGCCGCGGGCAGGAAUGAUUUCCUGUGUCGUUCAGUGGUGCUUUUCUCACUGAACAUGCUCCUGUGAGUAGCCAGCAUGUCAUGGAGUGGGUGGGAGGUAUUAUCCAACAUUGUUUUUAUCUUGGACAACAUCCGCCUCUCAGACACCACCCUAAGGGAGUCCAGCCCCAUCCCCACAACAUUACUGGCCUCAACCUGCUGCCCCGGCAUGCAACAGCAUAGAGGAUAGCACUGGCCACAACAGAGAUACAACAGGAUAUGUGUUUGAGCAGUUAUGAUAACAGGGACAAUCUAGACAUGUGUGACAAUACUGAACAUGUCACAUGACACACCUUAGACGUCAUGUGAUCCACUCUCAGUCUGCACUGUCAUUCAUGACUUCAACAUGUUGAAAUGAGCUUUGAAGGAACAUUGAAUGAAGUAAAGUUUCCAUCACAGGAUUCAUGUGAGCACCAGAUGAACUUUACGAAGAAUCAGUGGAUUUAUCUUCUAAUUGAGAUCAACUUUUGUCACUUAGAGCCAUCGUAUGUCAAUUUUUUCCACUUCUCACUCACUAACAUCUCAUAUGAUUUCAGAUCCCGGCUGUCCCCCACCUGCCCUGUAGUUGGCCUCAAUGUGUUCCCACUGUAAAAAACAAACAAAACAAACAAAAAACAAAAACAACAACAACAAACAGACCGAAAUGACCUGAAAUCACUUCAAUCUGAUGUUUAAUGAAAACAGUUCAAAGUCAGCAGAUCAAAUGUUCAAACUGGAAAUUUCUCUAAGUGUUGAAAAGUUAUUUUUUGAUUUUUGAUUCCAGCAACAUGUUUCAGGCAGCACGGUGGCACGGCUGUUGCUGUUGCCGCACAGCAAGAAGGUCCUGCGUUCAAUUCCACCAUCAGGCCGGGGUCUUUCUGUGUGGAGUUUGCAUGUUCUCCCCGUGUUUGUGUCGGUUCCCUCCGGGUUCUGCGGCUUCCUCCCACCAUCCAAAGACAUGCAGUUUGUGGGGAUAGGUUAAUUGAUUAAUCCAAAUUGCCCAUAGGCGUGAAUGCGGAAGUGAAUGUGAGAGCGAAUGGUUGUCUGUCCCCCUGUGUUAGCCCUGCGACAGACUGGUGACCUGUCCAGGGUGUACCCCGCCUCUCACCCUAUGACAGCUGGGAUAGGCUCCAACUCCCCCCAUGACCCUGAAAAGGAUAAGCGGAAGCGAAUGGAUGGAUGGAUGGAUGGAUGGAUGGAUGGACAACAUGGUUCAAAUAUUUGGCUCAGGGCUAACAAAAGGCUGCAUCCUCAUUGGCCGACCUGCCCAUGAACCUUUAAUGUAACCCAGACACUACCAUAUGCAUUUUUGGAUAUUAACCCACAUAGCAGCAGGUCUGGCCUGGAUCUGGUGUCAAGCCAGCACUUCUGGCUGACUUCUGGCAUGGUAAGUA